UGAAAGGGCUGAGCUUCUGUGUAACAGCACUUCCAUUGGUUCGGAGGGAACCUCUCUGCGCUGGUACUAUGAAAUGUAUCCGUCUUAUAAGCCCACACUCUUCCUGGACAGCAGCGUGUCGCUGGAGCUUCUGGGGAAGGAGCUGCAGGGUGCCGUGGAGGUCAGACGCAACGGGGCUUUGCUCUUGCUCGCCAACAGCAUGUUAAAGAAUAACCUGAACUUUUACUGCCUUGUGAGCAAAGGAAUCCCAUGAAAAAGUUGGCUUUGAAGGAGGGAGCGUCAUGCUAGAUUGUGGUGUCGGCAAAGAUGACUCCCAAAGGGUGCUGUGGCACCGCGGAGAUCCAUUUGGUGAACAUGAACUUAUCCACGACUCACACGACAAGACGCUUCCCAUCCCAGGGAAUCUGAGGGGCAGGCUGACUCUGUCUGAAAAUGGCUGCUCGCUGACCAUCUCCCACCUUGAGGUGAAAGAUCAACAGGUGUACUGGUGUGUUGUUUUAGAAAGCCCUAGGUUCCUGGAGGAGUACGAUUACAAAGGGGAUUAUGAUAACAACGAUACUAGGGAUGAUGCGUUCCCUGAAUACGGGGAUGACACAAACAGGUGCAUCUUUAAACAGGAGAUCAAUUUGAGCUUGAAAGAAAAGAAAAUCAGGCAACUAGUGACCGUUACCUAUGAAACUAGCCCCACAGCUGGUCCGCCAGCAGCCUCUAAUGUCACCGUGUAUGCUGUGGGGGCUGGACUGGUGGGGCUGCUGCUGGUUGGAGGGAUUGUGGUAGUGAUUGUGAUGAAGAGGAGGGCAAAGACCUCGCCGAAGCAGAGGGAAGCAGCCUCUCGCUCUGGACAAAACACGACCAAGGACAUAAAAAUGGACAUGGAUCGUGGUUGUACUGAGAGGUUAACUCAUAAUGUUGAAAAUUAG